AUCCCUUCGUAUCCAAAUCAGCUCAACUACCUCCUCCCAUCUCCCUCGCGCGCUCUUUCUCCCUCACCGUCUACUACCUCUGCAAGGCACUUAGCCUAGCGCUACAAGGCACUUGCAUGCUGGUCUUGCUGCAUUAUCAUGCAUGCUCGGCUACAAACUCUGGAACACAUACAACAUGGGUUGGGGACUUGAGAGGCUAGCUCAACUCCAGGAGCGCAACUGCAUGCUACUCUGGUAGACGGCAGCGUAAGGCCAUCAGUGGACAAGCAAAUGGAUCAAAAAGGCCAAUCUACGGUUUCGGAUUCCUGCGUCCUGGAGAUGGAUCAGUUGGCCCAUGAGCUGGAAAGUAAACUGGCCACCCUGAACUCAUCCAAGGCGCAGGUCCUCGACCGUCGCCGUCCUUGUUCCAUCAUCGUCGGCAAGGUCCGUGACCUCACGCGGAACGUCGACAGCAGCGAGUACGAUCCUGACCACGUCGCCAUCGGCCCGUACAACUACCCUCGGCUCCAGAGCAGAAGCCCACACCUCGCCGUGGAGCACGACAAGCUGGCUAGCCUCGACCAGGUGCUCUCGGCGGCGAAGGCAACGAGACCCACCAUGACGGUAGAGGUCUACCUCAAGGAGCUGGCAUGCCUGGAGCACCACACCAGGAACUGCUACGCCAACACAUUUGAUGACAUGUCGAGCGAGCAAUUCGUGCGCAUGCUCCUCCUCGACGGCUGUUACAUACUGUCCCGCCUCGUCGGACUCCGAGCACAUCAUCUAGAUCUAGAUGAUGUGGGCACUGCAGAGGCCGGCGUCUCGUCGGCAAACAGGGCGGAGGCGCUAGCGGUGGUCCGCGACGUGUUCUAUCUCGCGGAGAACCAGAUACCGUACUUCGUGCUUGAGAAGAUCGGGGAGCUGACCACUUUGGAUGGUAAGGAACGUGUGCUUACAGACAUAUCAAAUUAUUCACUUGAUCUCAUGAGGAGACAAAAGUACGCCAUGGCCGCGCCGGCCAUGGUGCCACCAGAGCCGAUGGUGCCGGGAAAUCUGCUCCAUCUUCUUCAUAUGCACUUGAAGCCUGUUGCACUGUCCGUCUCGCCUGCCGUGCUGGUUAGCACCGUCGAUCCCGUGUCUGUGCACCGGUGGCGCUCGGCGACGGAGUACAACUUCGCGGGAGUGAAGUUCAAGGCUCGGGCCAUGAGCGAGAAAGGUCUCAUCCGCUGCAUCCUCGACGUGAAGUUGGACGUCGGUGGCGGCACACUGGAGGUCCCCUGCCUGGACAUCGACUCCGAGACAUGGCGGUUAUUACGCAACUUGAUAGAGCUGGAGCAACGGAACCGGGAGACCGUGGGGAGCCACGUCACGGCAUACUGCGUGUUCAUAUCCCAGGUGGCCUGCACCACGAAGGACGUGGAGCUCCUGUCGAAGAGAGGCGUCAUCGUGCAUGGCCAUGGCAACAACGAAGAGGUGGCAAAAUGCUUCGCCGACCUUUGCAAGGGGAUCCAGUUCGACCCGGAUGACCCCGACUACAACUACCUUCGGGAGACAUGCAAGAAGCUGGAGAAGCGGUUCCACAGCUACCCGCGGAGGUGGAUUGCGUGGCUAAAGCAGAGGUACUUGAGAAACCCUUGGCUAGCCGUUGGCCUCCUGGCAGCUGCUAUUGGCCUAGUUCUCGCAGUCAUCCAAACAGUCUACUCUGUUUUGUGUUACUACAAACAAUGAUCAAAUUAGAAAUCUAAACAUCUUUUCGGCUUUUAAGGACUGGACGUCACGAUAAUAAUAGUUAGAUCAUGUCCUACGUGACUUUACAAAAAUCAGGGUAGAGUUAUGGAAUGCCGAAGGGCCAUCAGACUUAUGGAAUGUAUUGUUAGUCAUGUAUUAUGUGUUGUGAGUUAUGACACGUUCACUAGACAGCCUUAAGGGGUGUUGGACAAUGUAUAAUGGAUUUUAAAUGACAACAUAGAAAAGAGAAAAUGAUGACAAGUUUUCUGGGCA